CUCUUUCUUAAGUCUUGUUUAAACACUGUCCCUUUCAGGUUCUGGGUUAAACUGCACCGUUCAGGACAGAGAACAGUAAAACCUAAAAGGACAUUAGAAGUCUCAGGCAGAAGAACUAGGCUUUUCGCCUCAGUAAUCAAGAGAUAAUGCAGAAAGAUACUUCGGGUCUAAACAUAAAUGUGAAAAGAAGCCUCUUCUAUUCGCAGAACAGACAAGUGAUGCCAUCCUUUGCCAAAUACAACAGACCUGAACGAUUUGGUGAGGAGGAAUAUACUCCCAACUUCCCCAAAUACCAGUAUGACAGCCCUGUACACAGUUUACAAGAUUUCCACAAAGAAUUUGAAAGCGUGCCGAAAAAAAGAAAGACUUUGUCCUGUAAGACUCCUUGUGGCAAUGACACGCCUGAUUCUAAAUCCCAAUCACAUUUAAUGGAGGAAGACAAGGAUUUUCUACCUUCUAGCCUUCCAUUAAUGUAUCACUUACCGCCAUUGUCAAGUUACAGUUCAAAAAUGACUGACUUGUCCAACAUCGGAGUUCAGUAUUAUAGGACUAUGGAUCAUUUUUGGGUCAACCCCAUAAAACAAGAACCUUUAAGAGGAAAUGUAAUGUGGCCUAAUGGCUCUGUUUAUCUAUACCCCUCUUACUCAUACUAUCAAAAACCCUACCCUGGUAUGAUGUUCCCAUUUUAUGUACCUCCUCAAAGUCAUCGUAUGAAAGAUCCUUUUGGAAUAAGAAGACCAGAGGAUGACACAGUGAAAAGAACUCGGAUGAACGAACGUGAGGACCGUAAACAGAAGGUUGAGCGUGUCGAUGUUAAUGUGCAAAUCGACGAAAGCUUUUAUGUAGAUGUGGGUGAUCAGAAACGUUGGAAAUGCCCAAUGUGUGAAAAGUCAUACACGUCCAAAUAUAAUUUGGUGACACAUAUUUUGGGACAUAGUGGCAUUAAACCACAUGCUUGUACACGUUGUGGUAAACUGUUUAAGCAGCUGAGUCAUUUGCACACUCAUAUGCUUACACAUCAGGGCACUCGACCACAUAAAUGUCAAGUGUGCCAGAAAGCUUUCACCCAAACCAGCCAUCUUAAGAGACACAUGAUGCAGCACAGUGAAGUGAAACCAUACAAUUGUAGAAUCUGUGGCAGAGGCUUUGCCUAUCCAAGCGAACUCAAAGUCCAUGAAGCAAAGCAUGAAAGUGGGCGAGAGAAUAUUUGUGUAGAGUGUGGCCUGGACUUUCCAACUCUGGCUCAACUUAAAAGACACUUGACUACUCAUCGAGGCCCUGUUCAAUACAACUGCAGUGAAUGUGAUAAAACGUUCCAGUACCCAAGCCAACUGCAGAACCAUAUGAUGAAGCAUAAAGAUAUUCGUCCUUAUAUCUGCUCCGAAUGUGGCAUGGAGUUUGUGCAGCCCCAUCACCUUAAACAACAUUCUCUAACACAUAAGGGAGUGAAAGAGCACAAGUGUGGGAUUUGUGGCCGAGAAUUUACCCUUCUGGCCAACAUGAAGAGGCACGUCCUGAUCCACACGAACAUCAGAGCCUAUCAAUGUCAUCUGUGUUUUAAAAGCUUCGUCCAGAAGCAGACCCUCAAGGCACAUAUGAUUGUUCACUCAGACAUCAAACCUUUCAGGUGCAAGUUGUGUGGGAAGGAGUUCAACAGAAUGCACAAUUUAAUGGGUCACAUGCAUCUUCACUCGGACAGCAAGCCAUUCAAGUGUAUCUAUUGUCCUAGUAAGUUCACACUGAAAGGAAAUCUUACAAGGCACAUGAAGGUCAAACAUGGGGUCAUGGAGAGAGGACAUCACUCUCGAGUUUUUGGAAGAGGAAGGACGGGGCUAUCACGUUCUAUUGUUCUGCGCAGCAUGGAACAGAAAGAACCAUUUGAUCUCUCCAGUAAAGGUAGAGAUAAGGAAACAUCAUGCCAUUCUGAUGGAGAGAGCAUCAAAGGGAGCUCAUCCCAAGAUGAGGAAGAUGAAGAAUGCACCAGUCUUAGAGCGUAUGAACAAAACACUCAAUGCGUGCCAAAACAUAAGGAAUCUGCAAGUGUGCGGGGGAAGGCAUACAGGAGGGAGAAUGAGGAUGUGUUACACGUUGAAAAGAGUGAAUACAGGACCCAUACAAGCCACAAAGAGGAAGGAGAAGACAGAGACCUGAACUUGGCGGAGGGAAAUUUCAGGCAGUCUGUUCCUGAUUACUUGUUUUUCAAGAACAGAAACAUGAGCUUAAAAGAACUGUUAGAGAACAAAAUGAAAUGGACUAAUGAUAAACAGACCACACCACUACACAUUUAAAGGAAAAAUACUUCAUACCAAAUAGCAAAUAGCAAUAAGAGGUCCAACUUACCAAAUAAUGAAUGUAAUCUAAUGUUAAUGCAACAUUUCUCAUGUUUAACUUGCUUAUAUCAAGAUUUUUGCUUGGUGUGCAUAGCCCUCCUUCUGAAGAAAGCUUUCGCUUCCAUUUAAAUAUCUUACAGGUAGAAGAACUUGCAUUGCAUGAAUUUGAAGACAAAGGUUCUGUGUGUCAUCACUAGCCCAUCCUCAUAACAAGCUGGAUCUGCAAUGUUGUAUUUGAGAGCUCAUGAAAAUAAUUUGUAAAAUUAAAUCAUUUAAGUAUUACCAAAUUACAUAUUCAAAAAUACCCCAGAUUGAAACCCCCUUAAUAAAGUGAACUCACACAGAUAUGGUGCCAUUUAUCAGAGUACUAAAUCAUUUUUUUUGUGCUCGGUAGGGUUAUUAAGGCAGAAAUGGAACAAACCAGCACUUUUUCAUUUCAACAAGGAAAAGUAAUGUGGUGAUUACUGGUUCUAAGUUGGUAUUCUAAGGUCACAGGACAGAAGGUAUAGCUGGAGUACUGCGGACACAGGACAGGGUAGUGACAUUAUAACGGAAACAAACCAAAAAU